AUGAGUUCGCAAAAUUUGGACGAUCUUGAAUUGGAGAAUGGACUUGAUACAAUUGAAAAUCAGGAAGAGAAUCGAGAUUUUGGGGAGGAAAUGAAUUAUUAUGACAAUGAUGACAAUUAUUAUGAGAAUGAGGGACAAUUUGUGGGCGAAUUUGGUGAAUUUGAGGGGGAAUAUGAGGAUGGUGGAGUUGGAAAAUAUGGUUUAGAAGGAGAUGAGGAAGAGGAAGAUGAAGGAUUUACUUGGGUCGGUUUUUUUGUUUUGCGCGACUGAUUUUCUUGGGAGCAAUUUUUAUGGAACAAAUAACAUAUCAUUUUUCUCGUCUUGAAGAGACAAAUAGAUUGAUAAUUUCAGAAAUUUCUGAAACACCCUAUUAGAUGAGGAAAUCUGAAAUUUCAGCAAGCGCAAAAUUAAAAAAAAUAAGUUUAAUGUGCAAACACCGCGACGGACAAAUGCACACAAUUUUGCGUACCGUAUAAAAAACUUUAAAUUUUUUCCAGUGGUUCUGGGCAAUUCUUGCAUGUCUUGGCGUAUUUGUAGUGUUCGUGGUGAUUGGUGCCACAUUGUUUUUCGUUCUUUCCAGCGGAGACUCGACAGCAGCAGAUGAUAGUGGGUGAGUCUCUUCAAAAAUCGUUGACAAAAAUUAAUCAAAAGAAAUUUCAGGCCUCCGACUUAUCAACACAAUCUUCCGAAUCUUGUCUCACCGAUCGAAUACAAUCUUGAUUUUCAAGUUUUUCUGCCUGGAUAUUUGUACAAAAUCGAUGAGAGAAAUUGGACAUUUGAAGGAAAUUCAUCGAUUAAAUUGAAGGUUUUGGAUGAGAAAAUCGAUAAAUUUUAUAUGCAUUCAGCCAAGAAUCUAUCGGUCAAAAUAUCUAAUAUCUCAAUUAUCACAAACGAAAAUCAAAUAUUCUUGGAUAACCUCAAAAUUUCGAGAUAUUCCCCAGAUGUAAUUGAGAUUUCACUUGGAAGAUUUGUUGAGAAAAACGCGACACUCAAAGUGGAUCUAAGUUUUGCGGGAAAAAUCGAGAACAAUCCAGGAAUCUAUAAAUCGAUAUUUUAUAAUCAGAAAAAUGAGGAGAAAAAUGGAAUUGUUACGAAAUUCUCUGGAGAAUUUGCAAGAUUUGUUUUGCCUUGUUUUGAUGAACCAAAAUGGAAAACAAUUUGGAACAUUCGAUUGAUUCAUCCGAAAAAAUCAUAUUCUUAUGGAAAUCAAGUAAAUACAUUCAAAGAAAAAGAUGUUCAAUUCAGAAAUGCUAUUUUCCAACCAACUCCACUUAUUUCAACAAAUCAAAUUGGUUUUGUGAUCGGAAAUUGGGAUUGUAACCAUAAAACAAAGUAUGAUAAUCGAGUUGAGAUUAAAAUUUGUGGAAGAGGAGAAAUCACUCAAAAAAUGUCAUUUGUAAAAAACGAUGCGGUCAAAAUUCUGAAACAAUUCGAGGAUUCAUUUGCUCAAAAAUAUCCGCUAAAUGUUUUGACAAUUUUGGCGGCCCCUGAUUUUUCUAGUAAGUUAUCACAACUCCAAGAUUUCCCCAAACACCCCUUUCUAUUCCAGAAAUCUCAUCAAAACCUCAAUCAAGUCUUGGUCUAAUUUUAUUCGAUGAAAAUGAUUUGUUAUUAGAGGAAGAUGAGGUGGAAAAAGCAUAUUCUGCAAAAAGAUUGGAAAUUCGAGCAAAUUUCAUUGGUCAAAUCGCCUCUCAAUGGUUUUCUGGGAAAAUUGUUGGAAAUUGGAAUGAUGUUUGGGUGAAUGAAGGUUUGAUUGGAUUAUUUGGAGCGUUUGGUGCGAGUUUUCUGGCAACUUCGGAUUCUAUUCGAGAGGUAUGAACUUUAAAAUUGAAUUUGGCAUUCUAGGUCAUGUUCUAGAUUUCUAGACUGUCUAGAAAUCACGUGGUUUACAAAAAAAGUACAAUUAGCUCAAAUUAUUUCCAGAGUCGAAUCCUUGUUCCAAAAAUUCAAAAACUCGGCCUGGAAAACCCAAAUCCAUUAACCUUCGAUCUACAAACCGAGAAAAAUCUGCCCGAAAAAAUUGAAAAUAUAAAUUCUGGAAAAUCGGUUGGAAUUAUGCGAAUGAUUCGAAAAAUGGUUGGAAAAGCGAUAUUUUCGAAUUCAAUCAAAAAGUAUUUGGAAAAUGACAAUUCGAAAACACUAUUGGAAAUUAUUCAAAAAGUUUAUGAUGAAUCACAGGAAAAACCGAGUGGACCUUCGAAAAUUGUGGAAGUCGCGAAAAAUUGGGCAGAAAAUGCGGGAUAUCCGGUGAUUUUUGUGGAGAAAAAUGGAAAGGAAAAUGUGAAAUUGACGCAGAAAAUAUGGAAUUUUAAGACGGGAAAAAUUGAGGAGAAUGAACUGAAAUUUGAAAUUCCGCUCUUGUUUUGGAACGAGGAGAAGAAUAAUGAGAAAUUGAUGUGGUUGAAAGGUUUGUUGAAAAAAAACGCGCGCUGUCGUCAACGCGGAGUAUCGUUGUUUCCAAUGUUUUCAAUUUCGUUUCUAAAAUUACAAUUUGCAUGAAGAAUGAGAGCAAAUUUUGUCCUGAAAAACCACCAAAUCUUUUAUUUUUCCAGCUGAUCCUCUCAUCAUCCCAUCAAAAUCUGGUCCAUUUAUCCUAAAUCUUGAUUCAAUCGGCUUCUAUCGUGUCAAAUAUUCUGAUGAAAUUUUCGAAUCAAUCGCCUCCAAAUUAUCUGAAAAAUCCGAUUUUUUGACACCGAAUACGAAAUUUCGAAUUAUCGAAGAUGCUUUGUUUUUCAAUAAUUCAAAAAUUGAACUAUUGAAUAAAUAUAUUUUGGCAGAAAAUCAUCCGAUUCCACUUACUGCAUUUUUGAAAAACCGAAAAAUUGAAGAGAUUUGGAAUAAAUCGAAGGAGAUUAAAGGAGAUUGGGAAAUUGUGGAGAAUAAUUAUAGAAAUGAUUCAUUUAUUGAUCAAGUGUAAGUUUUUAUAUCAGAAUUUUUGACCUAAAUUUAAAUUUUGUAGAGAAUCAAAUCUUCUUGUGAUCGCUGAAAAAUGUCGCUCAAAAACUGAAGAUUGUUUGAAGAAAUCCAAGUUUUAUUGGGAGAAUUUGGAAAAAGAUUGUAAAAAUCAUGAAAUGCUAUCGACAUGCUCCAAAAUUCCAUCGCCAAUUCGAAAAUUUGUGAUUUGUCUUGCAAAUUCGAAAGAAACUGAAGAAAAAUUGAGAAAAUGGAAGGAAAAUGAGAAGGAUUUGAAUGUUUUGGAAGAUUUGGAAUAUGCGAUAACUUGUGGAGGAGGAAAAACAGGAGAGAAUGAGAAGCGUAAGAAUUAUUCAGAUGAUUACUAGAAAAUAAAGAUUUUUCGGAGAAUUCUGGGUUUUUGAGAAGAGUUGGGGAGAUCUAAAACCUGCAAAAACUACGUUUCAAAAAUUUCCAACAAAUUUUUUGUUAGAAAUUCAAUCGAUAUUUUUAUUCUCCUAUGGAAUAAAGAACAGAAACGAAACCUUUUUCUGUAAAUUUUGAUAAGAAGCAUUUUGCGUCUCGAAUAUAAAGUUUAUUACUGAACAUUUUCAGAUAAGAAAUUUAUAGCAUCCUUGAAACAAACAUCUAUUUUUCGCACAAAUCACACAUCAAACAUUUAUUUCUGAUUAUAUUGCACAUGAAAUCAAUUUUCAGCUGAAAAUGGUUCAGAUAAGAAGUUUAGAGCGCCCUUAAAACACAAAUUACUGUCAGAAAAAGUGAAAAGAAUUCUGGUUUCAAAAAAAAUCAAAAAGGUUUCAACUAAAUUUUGAAGUUUCUAACAUAAAAAUCGAAAAAUGAAUUUCAAUUAAAAUUGGGAUAAUAAUGAAACGGUUUCACUGAAAUUUAAACAUUUUCAAAGCCUGAAAUAUUUAUUCUGUGAUGUGGAAUUAUCCAAAAUCGAUCACAUAAUUUGAUUUUAUUUGAAAAUUCCAUUAGCAUUCUUUGCACAAAUGAUAAAAUCAGAAACGGAAUUUUCAGAAAAAAAAUCAUAAAGCAAACGAUUAUCAUUUCAUUGCAGCAGAAAUUAAUUUUGUGCUGAAAUUUUCAGAUAACAAAUUUAUAACUGAAAAAUGUGGCUGAAACUCCUGUUUCUCUCAUUAUUUUUCGCGUCAGUUUUUGGCUCCAAAAAAGUAUUGAUCUACUCUACAGUAACCGGACAAUCGCAUUUGAAUUUUAUGUCGAAAAUUGGAAAUUUGCUGCAAGAUGAUGGAAAUUAUGAAGUUGUGAGUUUAGAAAAGCAGAAAAAAAUCUAGCAAGGUUUUUGCAGACUCUUUUACUUCCUGUAGUUGAUGUAACUGCAAAAAUCGAUAAUUUUGAGACGAACAAAAUUCAUAGGGUUAUUGUUGUUGAGCCAAAUCGGGAGUGAGUUUCAGAUUUUCUGUGCUGUAAAUUCAAUUUUUUAAAGAAUCCUCGACGCAGUUUCCUCAAUGGUAGGUCAAAAUUCUCGAAUAAAUAUGUGGGAAGUGUCGAUCGGCAUAACUGGAGCCAUUCCAUAUAUUCAACGUUGGAAACUGUUAGCCAAAGCUGCAUGUGACAGUGAGAAGCCACGCCUAGUUUUUCUUGCCGCAAAUAUCAAUUGAUUUUCAGAUGUUUUCAGACAAGAGGAACUUUUGAGAGAGUUGAGGGAGGAGAAUUUUGAUGUGGCAAUUGCUGAACCGUUUUAUAUUUGUGGAUUUGGUGAGGGUUAAAAAAAAUUAUCUGAAAUUUAGAAACUUUUUCCUAUUCAAAAAAUUUUUGGCGAUAGCUUCGCUACCGCCCGAAAGCGAUGCAACACACAAAACACACGAAUAUAUAAAUUUGUGGUGUGGGCGACGGUUAACGGGUUGUGCGCGCUGCCAUUGUUUUUUUGUAAAAGGGGCGGAGCUUAAUUGAGAGUGCGUUUUUUCGCUUCAAAAUCAAGUGAAUUUGUAUUGAUUUUUGGGUGAAAAAUGAAGAUUUCCCACCAAAAUAAUUUUUUGCAGCUCUUUUCGAAUAUCUUGGAAUCAAUAAAACAAUCUCAAUAGAUUCACAUUCUGGUCUCGAAGCUCCAAAAAUAUCGCAUGGUUUUCCAAUUUCAACUUCAUUUCUUCCAUCUUCUUAUUCAAGUCUUUCAAUUCCAAAAAAUUUAAUCGAAAGAUUUCUGAAUUUAAUCGAAAGUCAAUUAGUCUAUUUUCAAGCUGAUCAACUUCAUAAUUCUGAAAUUGAAGGUGCUCAAAAACAUCAUCCAAAAAUCUCGAAUUGGCAGGAAUUAUUUCGAAAAUGCUCGUUGUUUUUCUUGAAUUCAAACCCGAUUUUAGAUUUUCCAAGUUUGAAUUUUCCGAAAUUUGUGCAAAUUGGUGGAUGGAAUAUGAUGACAACGAAAAAAGAAGAAUUGCCAAGGGAAUUUGAUGAGAUUUUGAACUUGAGAAACCAAAGUGUUUUGAUUAGUUUUGGAUCGAAUACGAAAGCUGAACUUAUGCCAGAUGAAAUGAAGUAAGAUUAAAAAAUAGAGUGCCACGUGGAUUUUGUGAAGAGAAAUUCAGGAUAAUUUUUUCAAAAAAAAAUAUAUUUGUGCACUUUCGGACACAUUCUUUUUAUUUCCCAAAUUUAGAGAUCAGAAACGAAGCAAUAUUUUUGAUAAGAAAGUAUUUUACGUCUUGCUGAAAAUUUUCAGAUAAGAAAUCAAUGAAACAAACAUCUAGAACAAAUUUUUCGUUCAUAAAAUAAUUGGCGAUAGCUUCGCUACCGCCCUCAAGCGAUACAUCACACAAAACACAAGAAUAUAUAAAUUUCUUGUGUGGGCGACGGUUAACGGGUUGUGCGUGUCGUCAUUGUUUCUGUGUGAAAGGGGCGGAGCUUGUUUGAGAGAGUGCGUUUUUUUCGGUUCAAAAUUGAAUUUUUCAGUGAAUUUUGAUGAUUUUUUUUUUGAAACAAUUCAAAACCCUUUCAAAUCUGUCAAUAAUUUAUUUUUUUCCAGAAAAUCGCUCCUCUCCGUAUUCAAUUCAAUGCCGGGAACCACAUUCAUCUUCAAAUAUUCUCCAAAAUAUCCCGACAUCGAUGAAAUUUCCAAAAAUCUUCCCGCAAAUCUCCACAUUUUUCCAUGGCUUCCUCAAAAAUCUCUGAUAUUCGACCCACGUCUUUCACUUGUUCUAACUCACGGCGGAAUUUCGAGCACAAUUGAAGUUGGAUAUUCUGGAAAACCUGCCAUUUUUAUACCAAUUUUUGGAGAUCAAACUAGAAACUCGAAAAUGUUAGAAAGACAUAAAAGUGCAAUUGUUUUGACGAAAUACGAUUUGAAGAAUUCGAAAAAACUGCAAAAUACUUUUAAUUUAAUUUUGAACCAAGAAUAUGAAGAAUAUUCAAGAAAUGCUCAAAAAUUGGCUCAAAGACUACAAAACCAGCCGGAAAUUCCUCGUCAAAAAUUCAUUGCUCAUUUCAAUUUUGUGGCCAAAUUCGGAAAAGUUGAGGAAAUUGAUUCGAUUGCUCAUCAAAUAUCGACUUUUGAAUAUUAUUAUUUGGACGUUAUUGCUUUGAUUUUGACAACUUUUUGGAUUGCUGUAGUGUUUAUUCGAUUUUUAUUGAAACAUUUUCGAACUCGGAAAAUCAAAACUCUGUGA